CGGUCGUGCGCUGCCCGCCCGCUGGAGCUUCGGUCUCGGCACGUACCCGCAGCAGUAGCGGCCGUCUCUUCCUCCUCCUUCCUCCCGUGAGAUUUUUUUUAUCUUCAGCUACAUUUCAGCUUUGUGAGAAACUUUAUCAACAAAGAAGAUGGCCAGCAACGUUACCAACAAGACAGAUCCCCGAUCCAUGAAUUCCCGUGUAUUCAUUGGGAAUCUCAAUACUCUUGUGGUCAAGAAGUCUGAUGUGGAGGCAAUCUUUUCAAAGUAUGGCAAAAUUGUGGGUUGCUCUGUGCAUAAGGGCUUUGCCUUUGUCCAAUAUGUUAACGAAAGGAAUGCCCGGGCCGCUGUAGCUGGAGAGGAUGGCAGAAUGAUUGCUGGCCAGGUUUUAGAUAUUAAUCUGGCUGCAGAGCCAAAAGUGAACCGAGGUGUGAAACGAUCUGCAGCGGAGAUGUACAGUUCCUCAUUUGAUUUGGACUAUGACUUUCAACGGGAUUAUUAUGACAGGAUGUACAGUUACCCAGCACGUGUUCCUCCUCCUCCUCCUAUUGCUCGAGCGGUGGUGCCUUCUAAACGCCAACGUGUUUCUGGAAACACCUCUCGGAGGGGCAAAAGUGGAUUCAAUUCGAAGAGUGGACAACGGGGCUCUUCUUCCAAAUCCGGAAAAUUGAAAGGGGAUGACCUUCAGGCCAUUAAGAAGGAGCUGACUCAGAUAAAACAAAAAGUGGAUUCUCUGCUGGAAAGCCUGGAAAAAAUUGAAAAAGAACAAAGCAAACAAGCAGACUUGUCCUUCUCCUCCCCAGUAGAGAUGAAGAAUGAGAAGUCGGAGGAGGAGCAGAGCAGUGCCUCUGUGAAGAAAGACGAGACGAACGUCAAGAUGGAGUCUGAGGCUGGCGCAGAUGACUCUGCUGAGGAGGGCGACCUGCUGGAUGACGAUGACAAUGAGGAUCGAGGGGAUGAUCAGCUGGAACUGAUCAAGGACGAUGAAAAAGAAGCUGAGGAUGACAGAGACAGCGCCAAUGGGGAGGAUGACUCCUAAGCACAUAGCGGAGUUUAGAGAUCUUAUCCUGUUAUUAUUCAUUUACCUAGGCGCUUGUGAGAGAUGGAAGUAACACCAGAUCCUCU